AAACACUGCCUCUUGGCUUCUGCCAGGACAGACUGAAAGGGCGGAAGCUGAGACAAGAUGUCCCAUGUCCCAGGACAUCCCGAAGCUGUCAAGGACAUCUCAAUCCAGGUGCGGACACGUCGUGGAGUCCGGCUAACAGCAGUCAGUCAUUACCUCAAGAAGCAAAUACAUGUAAUCCUGGUCAACAAUAUUCUUCCCUGCCUCCACGGUUACACAACGGACAAAAGGCAGAUUCUGAUGGCUCAGCAAGUGAUGCAGGUAGAACUCUAGCAGCUGCUGCAGCAGCUUAUCAUCCUUUGGCUGAGGAACCACCAGAACCUGUUUUGGACUGCCCUGAGCCACCAAUGGCAACUAGUCAUGGUAUGUCUCAGAGCUGUGUAAUUCUGAGGGAAAACAAGCAUGAUAGGAAUGAUCAGGAACAUCUACGUAAAAGUCUGCCGCCUCUAGAUUUCUCCUCAAACAGUCCCUCGGCAUCUGAAGCUAAUCCUCAGGCUAAAGAUGCUGAGGAUCAAGCAUCAGAAAACCAGCAUAUUAAUAGUAAUGAGUAUCUCAGAAACAUUCGUCUUUCCAAUCUUUUGAACAGUCCAGUGACCUCCUUCGAUGGCCCUGCCUCGCCAGGGUCUCCAGUCACAAGAUCAAUGCGGCGAUCUCAUUCGGUGACCUCGGAUAUUUCAGUAUUUUCAGUUUGUUCAGAAACUGGAGAAAAAAGAUCCAAAGCAGUCGCUGCAGCAGCAGCAGGAAGAGUGUUGAGGAAUGACUCUCAGUAUCCAGACAUCCCAAUAUCUGCUCAUGCCAUGAGGAUGGCCAGUCUCGCCCAACAUGUUGAAGGUCAAGUUCAUCAUGACAGUCGUCCUGAGGGACAGCCGAUGAACGACAGAGGCGAUACCUUUUCGCCGAGUGGGAGGCCUGUAUGUGAUGAGGGAGGAGAGGAGAUGGUGAAGCCAAGGCUGAAUGCUAUAGAGGAAGCUGGAGCUGAUCAAGCUUCAAACUCUGUCACAAUGCAUAAUCCAGCUGUGGAUGCAAUGUCCCCAAAAGUCCACCGAUCUAAGAAAAAGGACAAACAUAAACAGAAUCGUCAUUCCACAGGGAGCGUGAUGCAGGGCAGACCAAAGAAGCAUACCCACUCUUCCUCAGCCCAACUGCCACCUGGGGGAGAGGUGGGCAAGAGAGGUGAGACAGGCACAGGAGCCUCUCCUAGUCACAGGAAGAGAUCUGACAAAGUCCAUGGAUCACCAAGUAGCAAAGCAUCCGGUUCGCCUAGCAACAAACCUGGUACUGGCAAAGGAGACUCUUCGAAAAAGAAGCCUGGAAAACCAGUGUGUGAUUCCUACAAACAAUAUGGUUUCAUUGAUGAUCCCAAUUUUUUACAAUCAAGAAGUGGGAUGGUUGAGUUGAGGUUAGUGGACGCCGAUGACGUUGAAUGUCCUCAGGCUCUGAUAAAGUCAGGAGUUCACAAUGACAAGUCUCAGUCAGGUAGUGAAAAUAAGCAACACAAUGUAGCCCUGGGUAAACCUGGAGGAAAGACACACUUAACAAGUGCUGACAAAAGUUCCUACAGUCCAAGUCCAACUCGACAAAAGUCCUCUCGGCCUCGAUCUUUUGGCCACCUGACAGGCGCUUGUGAAGGAUCCCCCGGCCUAGGUGCGGAACAUUCUCAGCUACCCAUGGUAGGUCAAGGUACGCCGAAACGUAGGUCUCGGAAUGCAACAAAAUCAAAGAAGCGAGUGUCGUAUCCAGUUACAACAGCUGAGGCAUCACAGGAACAAGAAGAUCAAUCAGCCAAUGGUAACCCAGUACCACUUGAAUCAGCCAAUCAAGAAUCAGGUCAAAGGUCUCUACCUUUAGGUCUUAUAACAGUGCGAAAUGGACCUUUAAGUAGCUAUGUAUAGUAAAAGUAGAAUAUUAGUGUAGGUUGACAGUUGUGUAGAAUUCAUUAGCUCACUUGGACCUGUAUCUUCAAUCAUAUCAUAUAUCAUAUUCAUAAAUGUACAUGUCAUUGUGAUGUGUUUCAAGUGAAGAAACACUUGAUGAUUUUACAUCAAAGAUCUUAAAACAACUUGUCUUUUUUAUCACAAAAGCAUUAUACAUAUUCUAUAUUAUGGUUUUAUGUUUUAUACCAUUUAUAGUUUAUUUAAUCAUGUUUUAUGUGGGAGCGAUGCUUUGUUUGAUCAAGGGGAAGUAACUCCAGUUAUCUCCCUUCCUGAUGCCAUGUUUAUUUUACACAAAUUUGUUGCGAAUUUGUCAAAAUAUGUCUCCAUUAUAGAAACCAGUUGAGCUGCAUAAUUUGUGUGCAUGCAGUCUCAUGAAAACAGACCACACCUAAUCAUUGAUUACCGAUUCUGUGUAGCAGCAUUAAACAUUUUAUGCACUUACUUUCUUUUCUCAAAUAAUAACUUGCCAGAGAUUUUGUGGUUUCAGCAAACUGAUCUGUGUGUUAAAUGUUGGUGGACAUCAGUAGAAUCUUUCUGGCAUUGCCCUGUGUUGGAGUUUCUUUCUUCUUAAAUUUGGUAUCAGAUGUAGAUUUUUUUGUUGUGUUUUUGUUGGAUAUUUAAUGUCAGAUAUUUGUGAAGGCAAUCAAAAGUAAUAAGGUGAUAUUUGUGAUUUUGCCUCUCAGAUAUAUCAAAUAUCUCACAAGAUGUAAGGCUGUAUUGUAACAGAUUUAUACAAAACUCUGUAAUGUGAGUCAUGUUGCUAUGGUGAUUUACUGAUGGAGGACCCGCACCUCCUCUCCUAUCGUCCCAUGAUGCCAGGCUGGAUCUGUGACCGACUCGGUGUCGAGAUACAGUGUGCUCCCAGUGUUGUAUCCAUACAUUGGAAAUAUUGAGAUGCACAUGUCAUCAAGUCUUCAGCAUUUUGUCACAGUCAACAUUUCUGAGGUUUGUAUGUUUCUCCAUCACCUGUGAAGACACCUGGACUCCCUUCCUGGCCUGAGUCUGGCAGAAGCCAACAAUGAAUACAACCUACAAACAAUGGUGUUUCUGCCUCAGCCUUGCAGCCAUCUUCUUUAUGUGUUGCUUCAUACAGACAGACUCAGUGGACUUCCAUGAGUUGUUGCACGACAUGCCAGUCUUCAUGAAUGGUUUUAGCCUUGAUAAUUUACCCGAGUUGUUUGUAAAGAUAUUUGGCUUUAGUGAACAUAGAUACGACAAAAUGAGAUUGUAGUACAAGUUUAAAAUGUAAUUGAUGUAUGCAUCAUAUCUUCUUGCUGUGAUUGGUUUUGGCAACAUGCCGCCAGGUAGUCUGUCUUAUCCUGAUGUGACUCAGAUGUCACUGUCACUCUGAUCUCAACAGAUGUCACUCUCAUGUCACUCUCAUGACACUCAGAUGUCAACAGAUGUCACUCUGAUGUCACUCUGAUGUCACACAGAUGUCACACAGAUGUCACUCUCAUGUCACUCUCAUGUCACUCUGAGUCCUGCCAAUCCUGAGCCUUAUUCCUCACAGGCAUCUCAUACCUGUUGUAAGUCAGUGUUAAGGUAUGUGAGUUACGACAACUUAGUACUAGGGUUGUUGUAAGUCAGUGUUAAGGUAUGGGAGUUACGACAACUUAGUGCUAGGGGUGUUGUAAGUCAGUGUUAAAGUAUGGGAGUUACGACAACUUAGUACUAGUAGUGUUGUAAGUCAGUGUUAAAGUAUGGGAGUUACGACAACUUAGUACUAGGGGUGUUGUAAGGCAGUGUUAAAG